GUUCUUCAUCAAGACCUUAGCUUUCAGCUUCUUAUUUUGUUUCUGCAUCUCAGUCUCUUCAUCUUUCAAUUUCUCUCUUGUUUUCCAAUCUCUCUCUCUCUCUCUCUGUCUCUCUCUCUCUCUCGCGCGCGCGUCAGUCUUUCUCGAUCUCCCUCUCCCGCGUUCUCUUUGCGCUCGCUCCAGGCCACAACCAUGUCUGACGCGGUCGACGGCUCGCAUGGACCCCUCUCGAGUCCCGAACGUCGUUCCGCGGCUGGUUCUGCUUCGUCCGACGGGCAAUCGUCGCAUCCAAACCACAGUCCCGGCCAGCCACCGCCCGCAGGCAGCAGCCACAGCAGCCCCAGCAGUGCCGGUGGGCACAAUCCCGUCCCACCCGCGCGCCCCGUCGCUCUGGUGCCGGUCGCUGCUUCUGCAGGGACUCCGAUGACUGGUCCUUCCUCCUCCUCGUCCUCCUCUUCGUCCUCGUCCUCGUCCUCCUCCACGACCCCGCACCAGCACCCUCACAGCCAUCACCAGCACCAUCACCCUCAGCACCCCAUCCAUCCGGCUCCUCCGCUCCCGCCAUCCCCAGCAACCCAGCAGCAGCAGACUUGUUCCACCGACUCGCAGGCCAAAUCGGUCGCCGCAGCAAUCAUUCUGCCAGGAACGGCGGUCGCUGCACCUCCGCAGGACGUGCAACGCAAGAUAUUUCGUCGGGCCCGCUCGCGAUCGGACGGUAUGGCGGCCUUUCUGCUCGGCCUCGAGCGCAGCAGCUCGUUCAACGCUUCGUCCGAGACCCUCGAUCAAGGGCCAGCCCCCGAAGCCCUGGUCGAAAUGGAGGGCAGUAGUAUACCCCAUGGCCGUGCGACGGAACCUGCAUUACCUGCUUCGCUGAGCGAGGCUGUAGCAGAGCUGACACACCCCGCAACCACCCUGGUCCCUGAAGGCGACCAAACUCUGCCUCCUCCUCUUCCUCCUGCUGCUGCUGCUGCUGCUGGAGCUCCACCCAAGCCCCCCAAACGACGCCAUCACGCUUCAUCCGCGAGUCAGGCGACGAGCGAAUUCACCCCCUCGCCGGCGAGGGUGCGGAGCGUGUCGUCUGCCGGCACGUCGACCUCGUCGUCAUCACGCAAGCGAGGCUUCCACGUUUUUUCGGUCGUGUACCUCGGUGCAUCCAUCUCGUUGCUGCAAGACGGCGAAGGCACCCCGAAGGCGAUUGAAAACGUCACCAAGCAAGCGCGAGGCCACCAGCCUGCCAAGGUCUUUUUGAGUGUCGAAGGCCUGAAGAUAAUCAGCGAGCAGACGCUGGUUCCGAUCGUCGAUCUUCCGCUGAAUUGCAUUGCGUCGUGUGUUUCUUCGACGGAUAAGUCGACUUUGGUCUUCAUCACAACCCCGCAGCGAUCAGCUCACGUCAGUACUGGCUCCUCUCCGUCUGCAUCGCCCGUUAGUGCGCCAGUCACCCCGAAGAACGAACGCAUCUUCCACGUGAUGCAAGCGCGGCACGACGGACACUCUGUGACUGCCAUCGCCGCAGCUGCAGCGCAAAUCUUUCACACGGCGUAUGAACAGGCCAAGAAGGCUGCCGUUGUUCGAACGCCAUCACAGGCCUCCUCGCAGUCCUUGUCGUUGGCGCCGAAUGCGGCAGCUCCAUCUUCGUCCCGAACCCCUUCUAAUUCGUCUUCCAAUCGAAACAGUAUGAUUUCCAGCGACUCAACCUCGCCAUCAUCUAAUUCUCUCGCUUCAAUGGCACCGAAUGAAGGCUCUGAACCAACGGCUGCCUCGGCUGCUUCUGUGGCACCUGCCGAGCCGAGCAACAUUACGCAAAACUCCUUGCUGGGGCUGCCCACCCUCAGCCGACGGCGCUCGCGCUCUGCGCCGUUCGUGCCGAAUCCGCGCGAUUUGCUGCCCGAUUCUCCCCAGCGCGGCCAGUCACCCUUCCAGAGUCCUUACCGGUCGCGCACGUCCAGCAGCGCCAACAUGUCCUCGGCGGCUCCUGGCGCCAUCAGUACUCCUGGAUCACAACCUUCCGCAGCAGCGGCGACCGCGCCAGCGGCCAGCGGCUGGCGCGGGUUUCUUUCUAGCCGUAGCACCACUGGCAGUGGAACGAGCUCUCGCUCGGGGACGGCAGGCAACUUGCUGGCGCCUUCUCUCGUCGGGGAAGACGAUCCACUGCAGUACGUCGAGGGGCUGCGACAGCACGUUUCGCACCUCUCUGACAUUGAUGCGUACCAGGUUCUGACGCGCGAGCUUGAGUUUGUCACCGAUUCCGAGCGGCAGACGAACGAACGCGAGCUGUUGCAGCACGAGAAGACCGUUUCGACACUCCACGAGCGCAAUGAGACCAUGAUGGCAGUGAUUGAAUCCAUGCACCGCGAGCGACAACGCCGUCGUGAGUUUGCCAAGCGGUUGAACGCUUCUUCCAGUGGUAUCUCGGACGAGAGCAAAGCCAAAGACGCCAAAGCUUCCGCCGCGCAGAGCAAGCCGAUUGCCGCGACAGCAUCGCAGCCCUUCUUUAGCACCUUCACCAAAACACUCACCAGCUCGUUCAACUCUUUUCUGAGCAAACGCGCUGCUUCAGAGUCGGAGGCGCAAGUGACGCCAGAGUCCGAAGGCCACUUGCGCACAAACGCUAGCGCACCCGCUGUCGCUGAACUUGCCCUUCCCAGCGCAGAUGCAGGGCCCGUCAGCCCCACUGCAAGCGAACCUUCUCGCCUGUCCUUUUUCUCGCGGCUUGGUCGCCCUGCCGUUGUUCCGGCAAGUACGGACGCAACGCCGCCGACAUCGUCGUCCAACUUGGCAAACUCGACUUCGAACACGUCUAUUUCGACUUCUUCGUCUCAGGCAAAGACCGCCGAGCACCCCAUCCCUCCUCCGCUCAAGCUCCUUCCAGUAACCGACACGACGCCGGCUCCCGGCUCUCCGAGUGCUCGCAACCACUGGCGAAAGGCCAUUUUCAAAAGCGUCUUGCUCGCUCAUCUCGACAAGGACUAUGAGCGUGUUCGAUCUGCAACGCACGAUGCAGAUGCGUCAUCGAUUGAUUCAAGAUCACUUGCCGGCGAUCAGGAUCCAGAGACGGUAUCACUGACACCUGCGUUCACAGCGCAGGAUGCAACAGAUGGGCAGGCCGAGUCGGAUCAAGGCGGAGGCGUGAGCGCAGCAAACCUGGAUGCCAGUGUCGCUGGUGAAGACGGUGCUUUGGAAAGCUCUGAUUCCGUGAGCGAUUUGCCCCGUCUUGUUGGGCCAUCCGCGACCGCCGCGUCUGAGGGACCGCGAGGGCUUGCCACGCCCAAGCGUCGCGCAGAGCGUUUGCUGCAGUGGCAACGAUCCAGCUCGGUGGACCUCAGCGAGUCGCUGAUGAGUGCAGCAGAUCGCGCGGUGCUUGAAGCAGCCAGGCGAGACCAGGCUCUCGAAGAGGCUUGGCUCCAAACCCUCGCCGAACUGGACGGGGUCAAUCAACCCGCCUCAGAUGAGGGUGUCGCUGCUGCUGCUGCUGGUGGUGGUGGUGGUGGUGGUGGUGGUGGCGCUCUGUCAUCGUCGCCUACCUCCACAGCCGCGCCUGCAACCGAGCUCGACGAAAACGCUGAUGCUGCAGCAGUCGAUUCUGCUCAAGCUGCCAGUGACGAGCCGCCCGUCUCAAAGCCAACCCCUCUGCCCUUGUUUGUCAUGCCACCUCAAGUUGUGGAAGACACAACUAAUCCUCACAGCCACACCCAUGUGUUUUCGUCGCCAUUCUCGGCAGCAGCGACCGCGGUUCCAGCACAGCCAUCGCCACGCUCGCCUGUGGUCCCAGCCAUGGUUCUUCCACUUUCGCCAACUGCAACAUCCAUCCCAGUCCCAGCAAACGGCGACAGCCCUUCCGACGCAUCUCCGCAAAUUGCGUACGCUCAUUUGCACGAGCUCAUGGGCAAGGGAAUUCCAAAGCACUUGCGAGGCCGCGUGUGGCUUGCCACCGCUCGACGUGGAUGUGCGUUGGCCAACUUUCCCGUUUGCACGCGCGAGCAGUAUCUGCAGCUGGUCGACCAAGAGACGCCGCACGAGCGCCAAAUUUUGGUUGACAUUGGACGUACAUUCCCGUCACACCCAUUCUUCCGCGACCCUGAGGGCAAUGGCCAGCAGGCGCUGCUCAACAUGAUGAAGGCGUAUUCCAUUCACGAUCCGCAGCUCGGCUACUGCCAAGGCCUCACUUUCGUGGCCGGCUGCUUCUUGCUCAACUUGAACAACGAGUAUGACGCGUUCAUUGUGCUUCUGUACGUUAUGCGCGUGCUUGGAGUGCGUGUCAUGUACAUGCCGGAUAUGGAGGCGCUGCAGUUGUCGCUCUACCAGCUCUCGCGCCUCAUGUACGACUUUCGCCCGCAUCUCUUCAACCACCUCGAGACUCGGGAAGUCAAGCCGUUCUUGUACGCCACGAGCUGGUUCUUGACCAUCUUUUCCUCUCAGUUCCCGUUGAUGUUCUCGUAUCGCGUGAUUGACAUGCUUCUCCUGGAUGGCACCCUGGUCAUGUUCCGUGUGACGCUGCAGCUGAUGCUUGAAGCCGAAAAGAAGGUCCUUCGAAUGGAAUCGUUUGAAGAGAUUGUUGAACAUCUCAAAACGGCUGUUCCAGACUUGACACUGCAGCAAAUCAGUGAGACGAUUCUCCGAGCGGUAGCCAACCGUGCCGUGACGCAGGAACGCCUGUUUGCAUUUGAGAGCGAGUACUACAUCAUGAAGGAUGCGCUCGAGACGCAAGAGGGCGCUACGGCCGAGCGCAACGACUGGAUCAAGGAAAAGCAACAAAUGGAUGAGCUGGUAGCUCGACUGCAACACAAGAAUGCUACACUCGUUCUGCAAAACGACAACCUGGAAAAGGAAAUGCAAACGGUUCGGGAAGCUGUCAUUCUGGACUAUCAACGUCUGCUUCAGACUAUGAAAGUCGAAAAGUACGCUCUCGAGGAGACUGUCACGAAGGUUUGCUCGGAGAAGGCCGACAUUGAGGAGCGGUUGCGAGAAAUUGAGGGUCAGCUGAUUGCGGCAAAGAUUGCUCUAGCGCAGGCGGACGCCGAAAAGCACGAGCUUUUGCGCAGAGUGCGCCAUUUGAGCCUCUCGGUGGCGUCGGUAUCCGGUGAAGACAGCGCUGUGAGCUCUCCUUCCUCCGACAAGACUUCGUUUGUGUAGAGUCGCCUUUCCUGGGCUCUGUCUAUCUAUCUUUCGAUUGUUGACUGCUUUGCUCGGUUUGACACGAAGAGCAGCCCACAUCAACACUUUGUGAAUUGUACUAUUCAGAUGAAAGAGAAAAUUACAGAAUACACACACUCUCUACAGCACA